AUGGGUCCGUUCCCUUCCUCUUAUGGGAACAAGUAUAUUCUGGUUGCUGUGGACUAUGUCUCCAAAUGGGUGGAGGCUCUUGCUUCUCAUGCUCGUGUGGUUAGUAGAUUCUUCAAGAAAACUAUCUUUCCUCGUUUUGGCAUUCCACGGGUUUUGAUUAGUGAUGGAGGUAAGCAUUUUCUGGAAAAUAAAUUUGAAGCUAUGCUUAAGAAGUAUGGUGUGCAUCACAGAGUGAGACUUUUAUAUCAUCCACAAACUAGUGGCCAAGUAGUGGAGGUUUCCAACCGUGAGAUCAAAAUUAUCUUGGAAAAGACGGUUGCGAGAACACGAAAAGAUUGGGCUGCUAAAGUUGAUGAUGCAUUAUGGGCUUACAAGACAGCAUUCAAGACCCCUAUAGGGACCACCCCCUAUCGUCUUGCUAUUAAGAGCCUCAAUUUCGACUCUCAAACGGUGGGUGAGAAGAGACUCCUUCAACUUACUGAGCUUGAUGAGCUUCGUCUUGAUGCUUAUGAGAGCUCUAGAUUGUACAAGGAGAAAGCUAAGAGAUGGCAUGACAAAGGCAUUGUGGGACGAGAGUUCAAGGAAGGAGAUUUGGUUCUUCUUUUUAAUUCUCGUCUGAAGCUAUUCCCUGGUAAACUUCGUUCGCGGAGGUGGGAACCCAACACAUCUAGGACUGAGGAACUCAGUGCUCUUGGCACUUAUUUAUGGCCCACCACCAUGACCACGGAGUUCGAUCUUGCGUAUGCCUUUAUGCAUCAUUUGCAUAAGAUUUCCACGACUUACCCCACCUUCGAGGAGGACGGCAGUGUCCGUUCCUCUGUACCUAUUGUUUUUGGGGGAUUAGUCACCCAUAUAGCAUGUCAUUUUGGCUAUGUUGAGAAUCGGGCCAAUGUUGUUCCUGAGGCUACUUACCUCGACGUUGACCACUUCCUCUGCGCUCGGUACAUUGUCCCUACCGGUAGGCAUUAUAGGUGA